AGAAGAACUUCCGGAGAAAAACGAAACCUCAGUCCACUGCACGACUCAGUUAAGCUUUGUACUCUUAGCGGUUUUUUUUUUUUUUUUUUGUCGUGCUUGGACAUAACGUCCUUAAAAAUCUAAGAUUUGCUGUACAAUGAUUAAUUUAACAAACUUUCAUAUGGCUUUACCCGCUUUGAUCUCUAUCUUCAUCGCUGCGUAAAGAUUGAUGCCUUUGCCGUUCGGCUAACGAGGGCCAUCAAAACAAGCUAGUGCUAACAAAACCGCCGUACCAAGAAUGGAACAAGUUCCGGCCGUCGUGAUGAAUGACGUCCCGGUGGAGGAGCAGUCCCCCUCCAUGGAUGUCACAUCGGCAAACAGCGAUGCGCCGAAGUCCGAGGACACUGCGGACAGCAAUCGUCCAGACUCGGGGCCAUACUGCUGCCAAGAUUGCGGAGAGGACUUUGGUGAGGAGGCAGCCUAUUUGGACCAUCGCCACCAGAACCCUAAUGGAAAGUGCACCAUGUAUUUGGGGCCAAUGGACGAUUCCGAUAUGCCUGACGAAGAUGAGGAAAGUAGUACCUCCUGUCAAUUAUGUACAUUGUCAUUUACCGAUAUGAGCCUCUUCCGAGCCCAUAUGGAAAGCCACCGUAUUCAAAGUUCUGACACCCAGCCGAUUCCUGGGCCCCCAAAGCAGAACUUGUUUGAAUGCACUGAAUGUGGGAAAAAAUAUUCCAUUUUAGGACACUUUCUCAAUCAUGAACGUACCCACAUACAAGCUUCCAAAUCUCUACUUAAUGACUUGGAACAUUUAAAGAAAAAGUCCUUUCAAUGUGAGACUUGUGGACGGAAUUAUUCUCGUGCAUCUGCCCUUGAUGCCCAUCGUCGUUACCAUGAAGAAAAGUUAAUUAAAUCAAGAAAAACUGAUACGAAUGCAGCCAAGCUCCUCAAAAAGCAGACAAGUGCCACUUCUGAGAAGCUUUUUAAAUGCUUUUGUGGGAAACCUUUUUCCGGUUUGAAGCAUUUGAAGACGCACCAGCGAUUCAGCCAAAAUAUUGACUGCUUUCCAAAAGAAAGGACAGAAAAGAUGAGGAAAAAUGUCUAUUAUUGUCGGGAAUGCAAAAAGUCCUUCAAUGGCCUCAUUGGCUGGUUCAACCACGAGAAAUGGCACGAAAACCAUUCGAAGGAUUCUCCCAACCGGUUUCCGUGCGAGACCUGCGGGAAAGUUUUCAUGACGGAAACGUUCUACAACAGACAUCAACGCAUGGCGCACGGUGGCGAGACUCCAGUGAAGUCGUUUCUCCACCAAGUAGACCAGGUGCAGAAGAAAGCAAUUGAAUGUACAAUUUGCGGCCUCAAGUUCUCCAGACUGUCGGCGCUUCACUCUCAUCAGCUUCAACAUGUCCCCGCCUUUGUGGAAACGGACAAAUUAGUCCAGGCGUAUUCGCCUCCGCUCCCUCAGCAGGAGACUUUGGAAGGAGAACUGAAAGUGACUCAGCAGUUGACACAAAACGCCGAAGAUCACCCUGAUGUCGAUGAGCCCGAAGAAGACGUGAUGGAGACUUACGAACCCGGGGACUUAAAUGUAAUGGUGAUAAGUGCAAGUGAAUCAGAGGACGAACCCGAGCAAGACUUGAACCCGAACCUCGAUUCCGGAUCCGACCAGGAGGGCCAAGACAAUGUUUCAGUCAGUAAUCUGGUUUCGAAACCGGAGCUUGACUUGAAAAUUGUACAGGUUGACCUUGACCCGGCUAAGGAACAGUGUCCCCCGACGACUGCGCCGGCGGAAGCCAACCAAUGCAGAGAACCGUUUGCUUGUCCGGCAUGUUACCGGUGCUUUGCUAGCGAGCCAUCACUGCGAGUUCACAUAUCGUGGCACUACAUUCGUAAGAAGAGACAUUGGACUAAAGGUCAGUCAGUGGAAGUUUACACACGUGACAAUGAAGUCCUUACCUUUGCAGCAGGUCACACUCCCGAUUACGAGAACGAAACUAACCAAGAAUCAAACCGGGCCGAUGUAUUUGAGCAGAAAAUUGUGACAUGUUACAUGUGCGGUACAGAUCUGUCACAUUUGUCCGAUCAACGCGGUCCGAAAACGCUGUGCCGAGAUUGCGAAAGGUUUGGCUUGUUCAACCGCAUGAGCAACCACGCCACGCCUAGCAAAGAGUCGGGUGCGACAAAAGCGUACAAUCCCAAGAAAACUCUUUUAGGGCCCAAAAUUUACCACUGCGAGCAGUGCGGGAAAGGUUUUUGGUCUUUAGGGGCUUACUCGCAUCAUAAGCAAAAUCCGAGUCAGUGUGACGACGUGCGGCUGAGGACGGGCGCCACGCAGCUGUUACACAGCGGGCGGUCUCGUUCUAGCAUGAAAGUAGCGUGUCCCGUGUGCGGUCGCAAGUUCCGACACAAGGGACUGAUGACGUUGCACAUGCGUACGCACGAAAACGGAAACCAUAAGUGUGAAUUUUGCGAGCGAUCCUUCCGCCUUUUUUCCAGUCUGCUCAGACACCAGGUGGUGCAUAAUGAACUCCUCCCGCCACCUAGUAAGUCUUUUCAGCAUCAGGUCGAGCAGCUGCAAAAGAAUACGUACAGCUGCCCCGCCUGCGGGAAGCUCUUUUCCCGGGCCAAAGCGCUUCAGUUCCAUAUGAGGUAUCACGAAAAUGAAAGCGAGCGCUCGCCAUCGCCGCCUCGGCCAUACGCUAGGCAGGAGGACUUCCGAUGCGCCGUGUGCCUCGAGCAUUUCGCCAACCGGGCCUCCCUGCGGGCGCAUAGAAAGCUGUGCGUUAAAAAAGAGAGUCACGGAAUGGAGCGUAAGACCGAAAACGAAAAUAUUAAGUCGGUCAAAUUGCCCGACGUGAACUCGAAAGGAAGCGCGUCGCCCCGUGACUUUAAAAAGGAAAUGGAGGAAGCGCCGAUGGAAAACAAAAAUGAUUUGAAAUAUAAAUGUAACAAGUGCCAAAGAAGCUUUUCAAUCGUUGGCGCGUUGAACUUGCAUAAAAGAGUUCACGCUAAAGGUAACAAAAAAAGAGCAAAAGGGACCUUGUCCUCGGAGACUGGCGAGGAAGCGUUAAGGAAAGGUUACCCGUUUCCCUGCUCGGAAUGCGGCAAGCGGUUUUUGUCGAACUCUGCCCUCGGCUCUCAUAAACGAUGGCACACCAACAAUAAUCUUUGCGCUCUUCGAGAUCCCAUUCCUGACGGCUGUCUAUCCUCCCCGCCGCCACAACCCAAUAGCGACACCUUGGACUCGUGUACGGGAACUCCCCUAACGUGUGCACAAAGCUUUUCUGUACCCGAGCACGCUAACACUUUAGAAGCCGAAGAAGGUGACUCCUCGCUCACUGCGACGAACGGGGUCACUGACGUCGAGUCCGAAUCCAGCUCGACAACACCCGUUGCGAAAAAUUACCAGUGUUCCUUCUGCUCGGACAGUUUUUCUAAAGCUAGGGGCCUUCGUGCCCACUCAUGGCAAGCCCACUCUGAGAGGAGAGAAGACAAAGCCAAGAGCGUGUCGGACGCUCAAUUCACAAAUUGCGAAAUUAAGAGUGAAAAUGUUUCGACAGAAAUAAGCCCAUUUGAUACUUCUGUCCCAAAUCUUGAAUGCGACCUUCCUGACCCGAAAUUAUACUCGCGGUCUAAAAUGGCGAUCCAAGCUCCUGAACUCUCAGGCAAGGUCUCGCCCCUUCUCAGCCGCCUCUCGGAACCAAUCGUCAAAUGUCUCUUUAAGUGCGGGAAAUGCGGCAAAGCUUUCCAGACCGAGGGACAGUUAGAAAGUCACAAAAGCAAAGCGAAAAGCCGACCUUUUGCCUGCGCCCUUUGCUGCCAUGGCUUUUUAACAGACAGCCAGCUGCAGCAACAUCUGGCCUGGCACGAUCAAGUCCGAUUUCGGCUGCCCGAUGAGGUUCGCUUACGCCUCAGCGCCGCUUUGAACACAGUCAGACCCACAGGGACGUACUUUCCCCCUCUCGCGUCAAAGAAGCAAGAGAGCAAGAAAGACGUUCUCUCGUCGUCCGUGGCGGCGCUCGAUGACUCGCGCGCCUUUUCGAAACGCCAACAGGCCGCCGCUGGCGAUUGUCAGUGGCAAAGCGAUGGCCUCGCUGCUGUUUUGUCAGGAGAUACAGAUGUCCUCACUUGUCUUGAAUGCGGGGCUACCUUUAGCCGGGAAACUGAUUUGCGAUGGCAUUAUACCAAACAUGCACAAGGCAUGUAUUAAAGUUUACAUUGUAAAGCUUCUUUGGUUUAUGGUGAUAUAUUAGACGUAUAGUCGUAUCAAAACAUAUAAGCGUAACACGUCGACGGGGAAGGGAAUCCGGACUAACUUCUUUUUCCGCUGUCGGCAAAAAAAAUAUUGAAGCGUUGUCUCAAAUGCGUAGCAGCUGAGCGAACCUAAUGUGUGCACUGUACAGAAUAAACAAAGCCUGACGUCGAGAAUUAAUAUCGUCGGUUUAAUGUACUUGUUGUUUUGCAUGAAUGACUACUAAGCCUCGCCCCCUUUCCUUUCCAUUGUUUAUCUCUAUUUUGCUAUUUAUUGAUUAAAUGAAAAUGUGGUGCUUGUAUGCAUUUGGGAUGGUUCCUAGAUAUUUUGCCGCUAAUUUUGAGGGAGACUUUGUGGAGUAAAUAUAAAUGAAGCUAUUUUUUCUCCCCCCCCGCCCCCUGAGGGUGACUAAAUGCCUGUUUACGUGCUGUUUUUGAAGCAACCUGUAUAAUAAAGGCAUCUAUUGUAGUCUGAA